UUCAGAGCAGUCCCCCAUUUUCAGAGGAAUUAAAAAAAAAAAAAACACCCCUCUCCUGUGUGCACACACAUUCACACACACUAACACAAAUAUUCAAUAUGAGCAACACUUGAACUUGAACAAAGAAUCAAGAGCAACACCCGCUCAUGCAAAUGAGACGUUAGUCAGAAUCUAGUCAGAAGUGCAGUCUGUGCCGGCCAGGGAGUCAUCUUCUUCUCAGCCUCCUUUGCUCCUCCCCCCUGUCCAAUGAGUUACGCAGUAUUUGAGCCUUCAGGAGAGUAAGGAAAGCCAGACAUUAUAGAGACAGAGGGACAAGGCACGGUUACCCUUUACAGACUCCCACUCCAAACCCACUGCAGAUACCCAGGGAACUUGAAAUUUUGGCUUCCAGAUUUUUGGUCGUCAUCGCGCAUUCACUUUCACAAUUUCAUUCAUCACUUGAAGUGGAAAAGAUGACUCCUGUAGUGUAGGCUGUUGAUGUUUGCCUCUGCUGAAGAGUUUGCUCCAUUCUUAUUGUUUCUUCAGGUAGUGUUUCUGUUACGCUCUUAGGAGUUUAUUAUUGUGCGACUUUUUGAUUUCCCAUCUGUGUCCUCCACUGGAAUACCAUCACUUCUUCUUCUAACUGUCUCAAACCGCCUUCAUCAAUGCUGACUGAGCCAUAUGGAGCCAUGUCCAUGGGGUCAGAUGUUCGAGAUCUGACCCUCCUAACUCCGGCGCCGCCCGUGCCAUCCUUGCCAGGAGCUGGCGGCGGCUGUGGAAUGUCCGUUGGCAGCGGCCAGUGGACCCAACUGCUGGACCUCCACCCUGGCUCUCCCUACAGCUCCCUGCCCUCCCACCACUCCCUCAUCAAGCAGGAACCAGGUUGGGGGACCGCCGACUCCAUGGAGGACCCUCACUGCGGACUCGGGGCCUUCACAGUGCACUUCUCAGGCCAGUUUACGGGGUCAGGCCCCUGUCGGGUCGGGGCCUUUGGAGAACCAACUACAGGUCAACCCAGGGUGUUUCCCAAUGGAACCUACCUGCCCUGUGUGGACAGCCCCCCUGCAUCCAGGAACCAGGGCUACGGAGCGGUGGGUUUAGACAGCAACCCCAGUUACGGCCACACUCCGUCUCACCACGCCCCUCAGCUCUCCAGCCUGUCCUUCAAACAUGAGGACACCCUGUCACCGCCGAGCAACAUAGUUGACCAGCAGUACCCGGCUCCUCCUCCCAUGUUUGGCUGCCACAAUCCUUCAGAAUCCUGUCCAAGCAGCCAAGCUCUGCUGCUGAGAAACUACAACAGUGAUAACGUAUACCAAAUGGCGUCUCAGCUGGAGUGUGUAACAUGGAACCAAAUGAACACCCUGGCGUCUUCCAUGAAGAGUGGCCAUACAACCAGCUAUGACAGUGACCCCACAGUCCCACCUCCACCCAUGCUCGUCAGUGCGCAGUACCACAUACAUACACACGGUGUCUUCAGGGGACUACAGGAUGUCAGACGGGUACCUGGCAUUGCUCCACCAGUUGUGAAGUCCUCAGAGGCCAACGAGAAGCGUCCGUUUGUAUGUGCUUAUCCUGGCUGCAGCAAGAGAUACUUCAAACUGUCACAUCUGCAGAUGCAUGGCCGCAAACACACAGGAGAGAAGCCCUACCAGUGUGAUUUCACAGACUGCGGCCGCAGAUUCUCUCGCUCAGACCAGUUAAAGAGGCACCAGCGCAGACACACAGGAGUGAAGCCCUUUCAGUGCGAGACGUGUCAGAGAAAGUUUUCACGGUCAGAUCAUCUUAAGACGCACACUCGGACUCAUACAGGUGAGAAGCCCUUUACCUGCCGCUGGUCCAACUGUCAGAAGAAGUUUGCCCGCUCUGACGAGCUGGUGCGCCACCACAGCAUGCACCAGAGGAACCUGACCAAGCUGCAGCCUGCCAUCUGAGCAGCGAGCGAGAGGAGGAGGAGGACGAAGAGGAAGGUGACAAUAUGUUGUGCCAGCUAGUGAAGAGAGGGAUGCUUGGAGCCUGGUCAGCAGUUGCGGUGCCUUGUCAGACUCGCUGAAGUGGUGAGCACAGCUGAGGCUUCCCCUCAGCCAGGCAGACAACGUCAGGAGAGAACACACUCGCUGGUGCUCCACCGAUUUAAGAUGCACCUCAACUAGUGCUUGCUCUGGUUAUUUCUGACAUUAAAUCUCAGACUUUGAGAGGGUAUAAUGCCACAGUAAUUCUGAGCCAAGAAGAAUUUUUUUUUAUGUGAGAUGAGGAAAAUGUUGAUACACUAUUUUGGAAAUUUUAGUACACUUGCACUGGCUUCUUGUUUUAUUGUUAAAAUCGUGUCACCUUGUAAAUGUGCUGGACCAUGUAAACUGGAUUUAGGAAAUGGACAAAUGACCACUUUUUUCCUUUUUUUUUUUUUGCUUUGGAUGAAUGUGAACAUCUUUAUAUUCUUACAGUAUACAGGAUACUCACCAAAUUGCUUUGUAUAUAUUUGUACUUGCUUACAUUUAUAGACAUUACUUUUGUAUUUUCUAUGUUUUUUUUCUAACUUUAUAAAACAUUGAUUCACAACGGUAUCUAGAAUAAAA